GGCCCGCGGGGUACCGCCCCCUUUCCGCGCGCUCCGGCCUUCGCGAACGCACCUCGAGAACGCGCUCUCCGGCGUCGCGCUCUCCUUCACUGACAGUCAGCUGUGCGCUGGGAGCCCGUCCGCGGACCCUGGACUAACUCUGAUCGAUUAUCCGCUCCGCCGUCAUCAACAGAUCGAUUUGAAUGAUUUAAUCGAUCAGCUCGGAUCAGAGGACCGGAGGAAGAUGAACCCGCUGUGCAGCAGAUGUAAUCGGGUGGUGUACCCCACGGAGAAAGUCAACUGUCUGGACAAGUACUGGCACAAAGGAUGCUUCAGCUGCGAGGUCUGCAAGAUGACCCUGAAUAUGAAGAAUUACAAAGGGUUCGAGAAGAGACCGUACUGCAACGCACACUACCCCAAGACGACGUUCACCAGCGUGGCCGACACCCCCGAGAACCUGCGCCUGAAACAGCAGAGCAAGAUGCAGAGCCAGGUGCUGUACAAGGAGGAGUUUGAGAAGAACAAAGGGAAGGGCUUCAGCGUGGUGGCCGAUACACCCGAGAUGCAGCGCAUCAAGAGGACGCAGGACCAGAUCAGCAACAUCAAGUAUCAUGAGGAGUUUGAGAAGAGCAGGAUGGGGGGAGAAGCUGCAUCUUCUCAGCCUCACAACCCACCUCCAGGAUAUCAUCAGCCGCCUUCUGCCUCCCACAACUACAACUACGAUCCGGCUCCAGAGCCCAUGCGCCAACCUGCUGCUGCACCACCCCCAAGUGGCGGGAAGCGGUACAGGGCCAUGUACGACUACACCGCGGCGGACGAGGAUGAAGUGUCCUUCCAGGACGGCGACAUGAUCGUCGACGUGCAGCAGAUUGAUGAGGGCUGGAUGUACGGCCGCGUGGAGCGCACGGGCCAGCAGGGAAUGCUACCCGCAAACUACGUAGAGCCCAUCUGAGGAAGUGCCAGUGGGGGUUGGGGGGGGGGGGGCGAGGCGAGGCGAUCAUAAUGAUGGAGGCGCAGGAGGCGAAAAGGGAGGAGAAAGGAGGAACCGAGCCUAGUGCCAUCUUGUUCGAAUACGCUUUAUUUUUCUUUUGUUUUGUCUGCUCUCUUCAUUCUUUAUAUACCCAAGCGCCCCAGCUUGCUAGAAUCUGCCAGUCGUCUCUGUGCUCGUGUGGAGGCUCGCUCUGCGUUUACCUGCUCGUUCGACCGGCUCAGGAAGUCCGGGGCGAAAAGAGAAGCGGUCACUUUAGUGGCACUUUAAUUCUUAACUAACACUUUUUGAGGGCCUGGAGUUGCCAGCAGCUCCCGUUACACACUUGUGUCUUGAAGAGCUUACCGAACGCUCUUUGACGUGAGCGGGCGGAGCCGGUCUCUCUCGAUCGGUGCCUCAUUUCCACGGCAGCAGGAUACCUAUGCGUGGACAGCGAAGGAAGGGCAGAGGACAUCUUAGGUCUUAGCAUCAACGAGUGUGGUAAUUUUUCCUUCUUUGUUGUAAUUUGCCUGCUGUUCAUACACAGCACACUGAUGACUGACUGGUCCCAGCAAACCCCAUUCUUUGACCGCUGCCUUUGCACUCAUGGCUCAUCUGUCAGCACCUCAGUGCGAAAGGUGGCCAUGUAGCUGUCACAAUUGUUCCGCCUGUCCGCACUCCCUUUGCCGAUGCGACAGCCGGCGGAACGCAGUAAAAACAGCACGCUUCUAUAUUUGAAUCUAUAUCCUGCUCACGUUCGCAGCUUGCGCACAGCGUUUUGGAAACUGUCACUGAAUCUGUGUACAACUGGAACAGGCAGAGCUGGUUCAUGGGGAAAAACGUGUGUGUGUUUGAGGCCCUUGACGUAGCGUACAGUACAAUCUAACACCCAUCUCACAGAGCGGGGACCACGCUGCUUUGGCCUGCUGCUGCACAGGUGGGAGCAUUCGCAAAGGGACCAGAGCGAGGGGGCGUCGACUGUUGGCUCAGCGCUGCUGUCCAUUACCAAUCAUUGAAGGGGGAGGGGGUGGGGCCCUGUUAGAACAAUCAUUAAUGAUGAUUUUAUUUCCUGCACUUCGAAGCCUGAAAUGCCUUCCCUCUUCUUCAGAACAUUACUAGUGAUAUUACUGCAGGGUUACCGUGUUUGGAGUGGGGUUAAGUGGGGGUAGCUCCUUACACACGUACCCAUGGGCUCGUGGACCAAUCGCGGGAGGCUAAGCACAAUGUCGGGGAAGAUGAAUUCCAAUCACUUCUAUCAUUCCAUUUUUUAAUUUUGUAAUCAAACAUUCCAAUCAUUAAUCUUGAGUAAUUUGCUUAGGGUUAAGCCAAGGAAGUGUAACUACACUCAUCUACUGUUGUUUUUUAUUGUUAGUAUUUUAUUGUUCAUUUGUUGUGCAUUCUUUUCUCAUCUCAGUGUUGUUUUGGAUGAAUUUAAAGACAAAACACAUCGGGGGAGUCUUUGUGUCAGAGAUUGUCCUCUGAUGUACUGGGUAAGAGGGCAACUUCAGUCUCCAUGGCUUGAGGCUCUACGUUUACAGUUUGUCAGAGACCUGUGUGGUUCUGUGUGCUACAGUUUGUCAUAUCCACCAUGUGUGUCUUGAAAAACAUUCCCUGAAAAGAAUGCAUAUCUCACAUGUUCUCUAAGCAUGUUUGCUACAGUUAUGCAAAUUAUGUGCUCAUCCCCCAGACCCUUGGAGGGACUUCUCUCACCUCUCUAUGUAAAUCGUGUCCCUUAACCACUUUCUGCGCCCCCUGCGGUAUGUUCUGGUCUUUCGUGCAAACACUAACAGUGAGGGACACCCCUCAACAAUGGGAGGGGCUGUUGCUUUAAUGAGAGCAGGCAGUUUGACUGCACGUGUAUCCACCGUGAUGCAGAUUGUACCCAAUGGGGGGCCGCGCUUACUUGCCGUGAAUUAAUAUUCAUGAGCUGUAUUUGCUAGCACUCUAUUGGUCUUCGCAUAGGGGGCGUAACCGUUCGAGACGACACCCUGGAAAUAUAGACGUGGCUUCGUUCCUGGGGGGGCAACUGAAGGUGCUCCUUCCACGCCCUCUACCCCUCUCCGGGGGGUCACUUCGGUGACACUGUUACAGGCACAGAACGAGGCAAAAUCUUCACGAUGUUACAGUAGUUACAGGAUGCGGCGUAAUUCCGUGUUGAAAAUGAUGUACUGCGGGAACAGGGAACAUAGUACUAAAUACAAUACCAAGGGGAUGGAAGUGAUUUUUUCUAUUAUUAUUUUAUAAAAUUUCCUUCCUGGCUUGUUUUGUUGUGAGGACCUUGCGGUGGGAGACGUGACUGAAGUGUGAAAGCGGCCGACUGACACGCUCAUGCGGUGACGUUUCCAUGGAGACAGUUGAGGGGCGCGCGGCGGUGUGAAGGGACGGGAGCGCGAGCUGCUCGACUCGGGAGCUACAGCAGCAGUCGGUCUCCUCCUCCUCCUCCUCGUCGUCGCUGCCGCUUUCUGCAUCAUAUCCCGACACCCCCGCGUCCAUCAUUCUGGCAAAAUGAGCAUUUAGGCCAAGCGCAGCCGCCAUGCUUAAUCCGCAGCCCCGCCCCCUGCUCCCCCACCCGCACCCCCAGCGGGGACUUGGAUCUGAUGUCGCCUUCUGUGCUUUAAGACUGACUGAUUCUUUUCUCUCGUACAGUAGUCCGAUAGGAAGCAGCACAGCAACGCAUUGAACAAAGUGUCACCGUAUCAGAGAUCUAACGCAAUCCGUCUUUCAUCUCCUUUUUCCAUCCAUGUAUCUAUUAUAUAUAAUAUUCUGCUGGUGACUUGAAAGGACUCGAUUCGCUCGAUCUGUCGUCGCCCUCACAGCUUCUCGAAAAUGUUCUCAACUCCAAGUGAUUCUGCAGAUUCAAUAAAAAAAAUAUUUUUACCCACACAAGGCUCCCUCGUUUCUUUCUGCUGCCC